AUGUCAACAUUCAACCUCAGAACCACUCUCCCUCCCCUUCCAGGAUCCAGUAUUCACAGUGUCACAGGAGUUCAAGCUGGUGGACUGCAACGAGGCGGCAGUGCGCUACAUGAAGUACCGCGACCGCGAGGAGAUGCUGCAGCGCUUCGACCUCAUGAAGCUCUCCCCGAGUUCCAGCCCGACGGCCGGCGCUCCGUGGACGUGCAGAUGGAGAACCAUGCGCGCAUGCUGCGCGGCGAGGUGGUCAUCUUUGAGUGGCAGACGCUGGCGUCCGAUGGCGAGCCCUUCAUGGUGCUCGUUACUGUCAGGGAGAUAGUGAUCGACGGGGAGAAGCACCUGUUGUCCAUCUGGCACGACCUGUCGGAGAUGAAGCGCAAGGAGGAGGAGCUGAAGGCGGCCAAGGAGGCGGCAGAAGCGGCAAACGAGGCGAAGAACCGGUUCCUGGCGAACAUGAGCCAUGAGCUGCGCACCCCCAUGAAUGGCGUCAUCGGUGUCGCCGAGCUGCUCCUCCGCACGCCCCUUACGGACGAGCAGCGCAUGUACCUGGACGUCAUCUGCUCCUCCGGCAACGCCCUCAUGCAUAUCAUAUCCGACGUGCUCGAUAUCACUAAAAUCGAGACGCACUCGCUCGUGGUUGACGCGUACCCGUUUGAUCUGCAUGUGACGAUCGAGCAGGCACUGAGUGCGAUCCGCGUGGCGGCGAAUAGCAAGGGGCUCGGGCUGCAUGUGAGCGUGUGUGAGCAGCUGCCUGUGAUGGUGAUAGGAGACCAGUUCCGUGUGAGGCAGAUUCUCCUCAACCUGCUCUCCAACGCCAUCAAGUUUACCGACAGCGCAACAGCACCGCAACAGCUUCCUACCCCAACUCCGCUUUACGCACCUGUAUACCUUGCUCUCUUGUUCAAUCUUUCUCUUCCGUCUCUCAUCUCUUCCCUCCCUCCCUCCCUCUCUCCUUUCCUUGCCCCCUCCUUCCCGUCCCCACUCUUUGCCGUCCCCACUCUUUCCCUUCCCCUUCUUCCCCUGCCCGCCUCUUUCCCUGCCCGCCUCUUUCCCUGCCCGCCUCUUCCCCUGCCCGCCUCUUUCCCUGCCCGCCUCUUUCCCUGCCCGCCUCUUUCCCUGCCCGCCUCUUUACCUGCCCGCCUCUUUCCCUGCCCGCCUCUUUCCCUUCCCCCAUCUUUCUCUUUCCCCGGUUUCCCUUUUCCCCUCUUUCCCUUGCCCCCUAUUCCCCCCCAACUUUGUUUCCCUUCCCCACUCUUCCUCUUCCCUUUUCUUCCCCUUCCCCCCUCCCUGCCGCUGUAA